AUGGACGAGAAUGCUGAAGAAGAGGAGGGCAUCAAUCUAUUCGGGAACAACUUCGACCGAGAUGAGCGCGAACGCGAGCCCGACGACUACGAAGACAUUGACAUUGACGAUGAAGAGUAUGAGGGGCUCGAUGCUGCCCAGCGUGCUGAGCUCGAGAGGCGUUUGGACCGCCGUGACCGAGAGCUCAGGCGCCAGCGCGGUAUGCCCGCGGCCUUCAUGCCCGACGAGGAUGAAGAUGGCAUUGCUGGACUUGCCAAACAGCCUCGCAGGCACAGACGCCGUUAUGACGAAGACCAGGACGAUCUGGACAUGGACCAAGAUAUUAUGAACGAGGAGCUAAGCCUGGAGCAACUGCAAGACGUCAAGGCUUCAAGUGUCACCGACUGGGUUGCUCAGCCCGCAGUGCACCGAACCAUUGCGAGGGAGUUCAGAGCAUUCCUGACUGAAUAUACGGACGAAAACAUGACUUCCGUCUACGGUACACGAGUCCGAACGCUCGGCGAGAUCAACGCGGAAUCUCUUGAAGUCUCAUUCGAUCAUCUUGCUUCAUCCAAGGCUGCGCUGGCGUACUUCUUGGCCAACUCUCCUUCUGAGAUCCUACAGAUCUUCGACCAGGUGGCGAUGGACGUUGUCAUGAUUCAUUAUCCGGACUACCAGCGUAUACAUUCGGAAAUCCACGUUCGAAUCACCGAUCUCCCGUAUCCAUACACGCUACGCCAACUGCGUCAAACACAUCUAAACUGCCUGGUGCGGGUUAGUGGGGUCGUCACGCGCCGUAGUGGAGUCUUCCCACAGCUCAAAGAGAUCAAAUUCGAUUGCGGGAAGUGCGGUAUCACUCUAGGUCCCUUCCACCAGGAGUCCAACGUGGAAGUCAAGAUCUCUUUUUGCCAGAACUGCCAAUCUCGUGGCCCGUUCACGCUCAAUUCGGAGAAGACACUCUACCGCAACUUCCAAAAGCUGACUCUUCAAGAGUCCCCCGGUACUGUUCCAGCCGGUCGUCUACCACGCCACCGUGAAGUCAUUCUGCUCUGGGAUCUAAUAGACUCUGCAAAGCCAGGAGAGGAGGUCGAGGUAACAGGUAUCUACCGCAACAACUACGACGCACAACUGAACAACAAGAACGGUUUCCCUGUGUUUGCGACUAUCCUCGAAGCAAACUACGUAGUUAAAUCGCACGAUCAGCUUGCCGGUUUCCGUCUUACAGAAGAAGAUGAGCGCGAGAUCCGUCAACUUUCCAAAGACCCCAAAAUCGUUGACAAGAUCAUCAACUCCAUCGCCCCAAGUAUUUACGGCCAUACUGAUAUCAAGACUGCUAUUGCCCUUUCGCUUUUCGGAGGCGUCAGCAAAGAGGCUCCCGGAAGGAUGGCCAUCCGUGGUGAUAUCAACAUCCUGCUUCUCGGUGACCCAGGAACCGCCAAAUCACAAGUUCUGAAGUACGUCGAAAAGACGGCUCACCGCGCCGUCUUCGCCACUGGUCAAGGUGCCUCAGCCGUCGGUCUCACCGCAUCCGUCCGUCGGGAUCCAAUGACUAGCGAAUGGACGCUCGAAGGCGGUGCGCUCGUCCUAGCUGACAAGGGUACCUGUCUCAUCGACGAAUUCGACAAAAUGAACGACCAGGACCGAACUUCCAUUCACGAGGCUAUGGAACAACAGACCAUUUCCAUCUCAAAAGCAGGUAUCGUGACCACGCUCCAGGCCCGCUGCGCCAUCGUAGCCGCAGCGAAUCCCAUCGGCGGCCGUUAUAACUCCACCAUCCCGUUCUCCCAGAAUGUGGAGCUUACCGAACCCAUCUUGUCUCGUUUCGACAUCUUGGUCGUUGUCCGUGACACCGUAGAUCCGCGCGAAGACGAGCGCCUCGCAAAAUUCGUCGUGAAUUCCCACGGCCGCGCGCAUCCGAUCUCAGGAGCUGGCAACGAGGCGCCUACUACAAUCCCAGAGCGCGAAACCAUGGACAUCGACGAAGGCGACGACAGCGAGCUAAUGCCGAAGCAGGAGGGCGAGAUCCCGCAGGAGCUGCUGCGGAAGUACAUCCUCUACGCCCGCGAGAAGUGCAGGCCAAAGCUGUACCAGAUCGACCAGGAUAAGGUGGCGAAGUUGUUUGCGGAUAUGAGGAAGGAGAGUUUGGCUACUGGAGCUUAUCCCAUUACCGUCCGUCAUCUUGAAGCCAUCAUGCGUAUCAGCGAGGCUUUCUCUAAGAUGCGUCUUUCCGAGUAUUGCUCUUCGAUCGACAUCGACCGUGCUAUUGCGGUUGCGGUUGAUUCGUUUGUGGGAUCACAGAAGAAUAGCUGUAAGAAGGCGCUUGCGAGGGCGUUUGCGAAGUACACCCUCGCGAGGCCGGGCGCUGUACGGAAUCCGGGUAGGGGUGCGGGUGCGAGUAGGGCAAGAGCUCAAGGAACGAGAGUGGGUGCUUGA